GGUAAUUGCCGAACUCAAGUUUUUUUGGGAAUAUCGGUGCCAAGCAAUCAUGAUAGAUGUAACCGCGACGCAUCUUUCGCGGCGACGAAGUCAAUUUCUAUCUCCAACUUAGCACAAUUACACCGAACAGUAUUUCAUGAUGCUGAGAAAUCCUUCCACAAAGAUCUUGAGGAGGGCUCUUUCCACUCAAAGACCUGUAUCCAAUGUUCUGCCUGCUUUCCGUCCAAGAAGUUUGGCUACGAUAGUGGAACCUAUACAGAAGGAUCCUGCCGAGCUAGAUCAAAUCACUACCCUUCCCAAUGGAGUUCGAGUCGCAACAGAAGCUUUGCCGGGGCACUUCUCCGGCAUUGGAGUAUACAUCGAUGCAGGGUCCAGAUACGAAAAUGAAGAUCUCAGAGGGGUUAGUCAUAUAAUGGAUAGGUUGGCCUUCAAGUCUACGUCAAAACGAUCAAGCGACGAGAUGUUAGAAUCAAUAGAGUCGCUGGGGGGAAAUAUCCAAUGCGCUUCAUCAAGAGAAUCUUUGAUGUAUCAAUCUGCCACAUUCAACUCUGCGGUCCCAACUACUGUCGCUCUUCUCGCCGAGACAAUCCGAGAUCCUUUAGUCACCGAGGAGGAGGUUGUGCAACAAUUAGAGACGGCUGAAUAUGAGAUUGGCGAGAUUUGGUCAAAGCCAGAGUUAAUUCUUCCGGAAAUCGUACAUAUGGUUGCAUACAAGGGGAACACUCUUGGGAAUCCUCUAUUGUGCCCGAAAGAACGACUGUCCGAGAUCAACAGCAAUACCAUACAACAAUACCGAGAUACUUUCUACAGACCUGAAAGAAUGGUUGUAGCAUUUGCGGGCGUACAACACGAAGAAGCAGUCAAACUCGCCGAACAACAUUUUGGAGAUAUGCCAAAAUCAGCUCCCAUUUUAUCACAAACAGGAUCAGAAACAUCUCUCGAUUCAGCAUCAGGUGAAACUAGCAGCGAAAGCUCUAUAUCAUCAUCAUCUUCCUCAUCACCACCACCUUCACCAACACAAAAGCCAUCUACCUUAAUAUCCCGCAUGCCAUUUUUCAAGAACAUCUCCACUUCCGCACCCAAAAAUGCCUCUGUUCAGAAUGGCUUCCUCAACCCCCUUAACCUCAACGAACCUUCACGCUAUACAGGUGGCUUCCUUGCCCUCCCAACUCUUCCACCGCCAGUGAACCCUGCCCUUCCCGCACUAAGCCAUAUCCACAUCGCAUUCGAAGCUCUUCCCAUUUCUUCCCCCGAUAUAUACGCCCUCGCUACUCUUCAAACUCUUCUUGGUGGUGGUGGAUCCUUCUCUGCUGGUGGCCCUGGCAAAGGCAUGUAUUCUCGUCUCUAUACCAACGUCCUAAAUCAACACGGUUGGGUCGAAUCUUGCAUGGCUUUCAACCACUCUUACACCGAUUCUGGGCUUUUUGGAAUCUCAUCCUCAUGUUCCCCAGGCUAUGUCAAGAACAUGCUUGAUGUCAUGUGUCGUGAACUUCAAAGUCUCACUCUCGAUUCUGGAUUCAGCGCAUUACAAACUGCAGAAGUGAAUCGUGCGAAGAAUCAACUGAGAUCAAGUUUAUUAAUGAACUUGGAAUCGAGGAUGGUAGAAUUAGAGGAUUUGGGAAGACAAGUACAAGUACAUGGAAGAAAGGUCGGGGUCAGAGAGAUGUGCAAGAAAAUCGAGGAAUUAACCGUUAAAGAUCUUAGAAGAGUAGCUACACAAGUCUUUGGAGGUCUGGUGAAAAAUGCAGGAGAAGGAAGUGGUAGUCCAACAGUGGUCUUGCAAGAAGGUGAAGAGGAAGGAAGAGUAUACAAAAAUUUCAGUUGGGAUGAUAUUCAAGAUCGAAUUCAUGGGUGGAAAUUGGGAAGUUGGUAAAGGAGAAAAAAGAACACUUAUAUCGUAUGUAUUGGUGGAGAAUAGGAUCCUUCUCGAUGGAAUUUGGGUCUUUUUUUUUUUUGUAUGAUAUUGAUGGAUGAUGUGAUGAUUUGCAUUUCAAUGCGUGCGUGCAUGCAUAUGUGGCGUUUUGAGUGUUUUGAUUAUCUGGGAAGAGAAGAGGAAGAGGAAGGAAGGAAGGGACUGAGAUUUGAAAAAUGAAAAUGGAAAUUAAGAAAUAAGAAAUAAGAAAGAGGAAAGAGGAAAGAGGAGAGAGAAAAGCUCAGGAUGUCUAUUUGUCAUUCGAGGAUGUGGGGCAGGCAGAUUUGAGAGAUUUGUAAGUGGAAAGAUGGGAAAAGAAUGUGUUGUUGUGGUUGUGGUUGUGGUUGUAGUUGUUAUUGUAAAAAUAGAUACAGAUCAAAUGUACUUGUGAAAUAGAUCAAUACCAAUACCCCUUUUUA